AUGAUCGACGAAGGAAAGCUUCAACAGUAUGUGAAGAAGAAUCCAUCACAAGUGAAUACAUUAGAUCUUCGAGAAAUCAGAGUGAGUCAUGCAAGAGUCAAUUCAACUUCAAGGAAGGCUGAUGAGAAUGCAACACGUCUGAAGAUGCGCCAUAUCCAGGAUUGGCGGAUUUCGAAUAAGGUUGACUAUGCUAAUCUUAUCGGUACGGAAACUCUAGAGGAAGGAAAGACAGAGAUAUGUUUUUCAGUUGCUGAUCUUGCUAGUGUUUACCAACCACAUAACGACGCAAUUGUUAUCUUAGCACUCAUUGGAAUGUACAAGGUACGUCGAGUUCUAGUCGAUACUGGAAGUUCGAUUAGCGUCAUAUUCUACGGAGCAUACACAUCAAUGAGCUUGAAUGAAAGUCAAGUUGAACCUGAUGAUAAUCCGAUUAUCGGCUUUAGCGGAGAGACAAUGACAGCAAUAGGAAGAUGCUUCCCAACCUCUUAUCAAGGAAGAGGGGAGGAAGGACCGCCAACUAUUGAGGAGUUGGUGGAAGUUCAAAUUGGAGAUCAAAAGGAACACACAACCUUCAUCAGCGCUGAACUACCGUUAGGGGAAAGUGAAAGUUUGAUUACCUUUUUGAAAGAAAAUAAAGAUGUGUUCGCUUGGAGUCUCAAAGACAUGCCGGGCAUUGAUCCAUCCAUCGCAUGCCAUCGAUUGAAUAUUGAUGAGGGUUUUAAACCAGUAAUGCAAAAACCACGGAAGAUGGCUCCUGAACGAAAGGAAAAAGUAGGAGAAGAGAUUGAGAAAAUGCUAGAGGCUCGGAUCAUCAAACCCGUCAGAUAUCCUAAAUGGUUGGAAAAUAUUGUUGCAGUACCAAAAAAGAAUGGGAAAAUCAGAGUAUGCAUUGAUUUCACCAACUUGAAUAAGGCAUGUCCAAGUGAUCCUUAUCCGAUGCCCAGGAUUGUCGAUCUAGUCGAUUCCACCUAG